CAAAUUUUCAAUGGAUGUAAGGUGGUGGUUCAACAAUAUGAUGUGAAAAUGAUUUUUAUUGGUGAUUCGUUGAAAAAAAAAACAAAUUUUAUAUAGCUAAUAAAUGUUAAAGCUUACGGUACUAUCUCAAUAAGGACUGAAAUGAAUUGUUUCUUCCAAAAUAUAUUGCCUCAAUGAACACCUUUUCUUGUGGCUACAAAUUAAUCAUUAUAUUAAAUGUUAGAAUUAGCAAUGCGCGUUCAAGUAAUUAAAAAAUAUUUUGUGUUAUAAAUACAAAUGUGUAAGUGUCGAAAAUACUAUAUAAAAAUACCAAGGACAUGAACAUAAUAAAUCGUCGUCAUUUAAAGCAUUUGUCAAUUGUUGCGGUGUACGGAUUAUGCUUUUCAAGUGGCAAUGAACACUUGACCACACGAUGGAGAAUCGAGAUGGAUGGGCUGGAGGAGAGACUGGUGCUGCGGAGAAUUCCACUCAACGUUCCCAAGCUGAACGGGAUAGAGUGCGCAUCGAGUUUUAUGCCACGUACGACGUCAUGACGGGCGUGCGAAUAGCCGCUACAUUAGGCGGCUUUUUUGCACUUAUGGUCUUUCUUAUAGUUUACAAAAGUCGUAGUAAAUCAGUAAAGGCAUUAAAUGAUCCGAAGUUAGUCGAGUUAGCUGAGGCAGUUGUUGCGGAGGAACAGGCCGUUGAAGAGGAAAGGCAGCUCAAUGCGGCGAUCGAAGAAGCGUUAUCAGAAAGGGCUCGCUCACGGCCUUCUAUAGGUGACGACCCGUUGUGGCCACGAACUUCAAGAUUUUCAUCAUAUGGCGGUGGCUAUGGUAGUUUGCUCGCACCACCGCGUCGUCUCUCUACAUUACGGGGAGAUUCGUUACCUGGAUCUGCCUUAAGGUUUGGCGAAAGGCGCUUUUCCGGAGGACAUCGCGAUCGUCGGCUUAGUUCAGCUACUUGUUCUAGUUCAGGGAGUUCCUAUUUAGAGAGGCGUGGAUCUUCUGUAGUGUGCGCGCUUCCAGAGCGACGUCUCUCGCCCUGUCCAAGCGAGAGACUUGCUCCUCUUGCUUCAGUUGGUAGUGUUGGACCUUCGUUCGCAAUAGAAAGUGAUCUUGUGUCAGUGGGAGCGGAUUCUGUAUUUGCGGAGGAUGAAGCGGAUUCCACUGAUGAUGAGGUUGAACAGUUUUCAACGGAUAGUGGUGGUGGGACAGAGGUCGGCGUAUCCGAAUGCACUGAACUCACAAGCCGGCCAAUAUAUCCCCCCAGUUUUGACCGCGCCUCACAUUCACGUGAAACGUUGUUCUAGUUCCCGAGGUCCUUCGUUGAAUGUUACCUAAAUGUUAUACAGCGUAGCGUUACAAUUAAAGUAUCUACAAUUCAGAUAAAAUAAAAAUAACUUCCAUUUUCUUAUAACAUAUCAAUUUUUCAACAAGUUGACAUAUCAUUUGAUGAUCAAUGAAACUUUUCAACAAAUUAAUAUAUAACUACAAACGAAAAAAAAUGUUCGACGCACAUAUAAACUUUGUUUUUACACCACCACAAUCAUCAUAUUUUAAUAACGAGUCUUAUAUUACUUUUACGUACUAAGAAAAAAGUUCUCUUAUAUUAAUUAAUCGCUACUUUUAACUUGUUUAAAAACUAUUUUUUGGUAAUUCUAUAAUUUUGAGUAAGCUUUAUCUGAUUUGUCGAUAUUUUAAACUGUAUUUAUGAUAGUGUAAAUAGUUUGUUUUUGUUAUUAAUGAAUUGAUGUAUUGCGAUGUUGAUGUGCUUAGGCGAAGAAAAUGUAUGGUAUGGUAAUUAUGGCCAUUGCAAUGUUAACUCUUCAAAUGUUGUUAUAUUACUUUACCACUGGAACUGGAAAAAUUAUGUAAUAUUAUGAUACAAAAUGUUGUGUAUUGCCAUGUAUGUACAUUUAUAUAUAUUUGAACGCACAGAUUUAGCAUUAUUUAUGUUAGCCUACAGAACCAAAAAAUUGUGUGGUUUAUAAUGGUGGUAAAAAUAUUAAAGAUUAAAAGAAGAAAUUGAGGAUUUCGUUUUAAAAUGUUCUGCGUAAACAUUUUUAAAGAUCGUACGAUUCGUAUCUGAAUAGGUGUGUUGGAGCAAAUAUUUCAUUAAGUAAUUGAUUUCUGGUAAGACCAAAUUAUCUGUUAACAUUUUUUAGGUAAAUGAACCAUAACGAAUACUAUACCAAUUAAUAAUAAUAAACAGGUCCCUUGCCUAUAUUACCGGGUCGUAUCAUUGUUUUAGCUAAUUAUGAUUAUUGUUUUUAAGCUGUAGAUUUAUUAGGUGUUGCUGGAGUAGUAAAACACCGCUUAGUGUUCUUUGUAAAUUUUGAAAUGAAGAAUAUACCGAAUUAAUCUUUUGUAGUACCUAAUGUAAAUAGUUAAGGUUUCCCUACAUUUGUACUUUUUAUUAUUUUGUAUAAAGUUACACGCACAACGGCCUGAAUGACAUACCUAAUUUGCUAAUAUACACCAGUGAAAUAGUACCGCUUCACUUGUACAAACUUUUCCGUGUAUUUACGGUGUUGUAGACAGGUCACAGAUUUUUACAGAUAUAGUGGGGCUUGAGGGAUGUGCGAUGAUGUACAAAUUUGCAAAAUUUGUAUUAAACAAUCAAGUCUUUUGAAUGACCUAUAAAUAUGUGUCCUAUAUAUGUUAUUAAAUAAAAUAUGAAAUUUUAUUAGUUUCAAGUUGCGAUUUGUGAUUAAACUUUGAGUCAAGAUACUAUUGGAUACUGGACAUUAUUACCGCAACAGUAUACUAUUAAUUUAUGUGUGCCGACACUAAAACAAUUUCAUUAGGACAUAAUAUAGGUAUAAUAAAACUAUUUAUCAGGGUUUAUAUGCGAACAGACUUGCAACUUGAUAGUUAAUGUUAAUUUUUAGUACCACAUGCUGCAUAUAAUAUUCUAAUUUUGCACUUGUGUAGGUAUGUAAUUUUAUAUAGGACUUAUCGUAGGGUCCUUCAUUAUAUAAAUAGGUAAAAGGCUUUUUUAUAACAAUAAUAAAAUGGAUUCUGAGCUGGUAAUAAAUACAUGUGAAAAAAAUUGUUUUAGAUAUACGUAAGAAUAGAAAUAACGAUUACACGAUUUGUUGUUUAUAAAGAGUACAAAUGUGAUUCCGGUCUUAAUAGGCAAGGUCAAUAUUUUACUUAAAUACAAUCAAUGAACGACAAUUUAUAUGUUUUGUUUAUUGAUACAUCUUAACAUUUCUAACCUAAGUCCUAAGCUUUAACAUCAUAAAAAGCCUUGCCUGUCGUCAGAUAUUGUAAAAAAAAUUAGGUAGUACUAAUGUUAGCAGUAGAAAACAGGGCAACGUCAAUUUCAGAAUAUUAUACCUAUCUUUAUUUAUUUAUAGACUCUCACCCGCUAUAAAGGGCAAACAAGAUCGAUUCGUCCUUUGAACAAUAAUAAAAUCAAAAAGCGGCCUAAAAUGUUGCUUAUACUUGUCUACGAAUAUCACUUUCAAAUACUGCCACCAAUUUUCUUUGUAACAAUGUUGUGGACACCAGGAUUUUAUUGAUUCUAGUGUGCCAUGCCCGUGUAGAGCGGGUCCAGUAGAUUAACUAACACAGGUCGUUUUUAUUACGAUUUAGAUUUACGUGUUAGUUUAUGUAACUGUUCGUUGCUCGAAUAAAAAAGAGCUCCCAGUAGUCUGUAAAAUGUUGAAAUGAAUGUAAA